GGCCGUAAGAAAGGGGUGAUCCAAUUCCAUGGAAGCGGAGCAAGAAAGGAGGAACGUUGGAGAGAUAGAACGAGAUGGCGGCCAACCAAGCAGGAACAGUGGCCAAACUGGCCUCGAGCCUGAGGAGCAUAGGAUUGACAUUGUUGAAAUCAGUCCUAGGGUGGAAAAUUGGAUUAAGUCUCUCAAAAACGAGGAAGAAAGCACUCAAUCUCAAAGUACUCGAUGGCCAAGGAUACCAAAGGUUCCUCAGAUGCUGAGGGGGACCCAGGAUUUCGAGAAAUUCUACGAACCGAGUGUAAUUUCAAUCGGUCCUUACCACCAUGGCAAGCCCCACCUUCACCCAGGGGAAAUGAUCAAGCUUCUAUGUAACCAAAAGUUCCUGAAUGAAAGUCAUAUCAGAGCUUUGUACAGAAAAAUUGAAAGUAAUAUCGAGGCAGUGAAAAAGUGCUAUGAUUGGAGUAGUAGAAACGAGUAUGAUAAUGAGGAACUCGCCUGGAUGAUGCUUAUGGAUGGGUGUUUUUUACUACAGUUCAUCCGCAGAAAAGAAGACGACAGUAAAGUCGAUAUGAGUAACGUUCUUAGAAAUCACCAAAUAAAUUUUGUGGAGCAGGACUUGUUCUUGCUGGAGAACCAACUUCCCUUUGGAGUCCUGAAGUUGAUUUUUGAUGAGGAAGCAAAAUUCCAUGGCGUUUCAACAAUGGAAGAGACGAUAGAAAAAUUCUUCACUCCUAACAACGGAAGACAACUGGAACCGGAGGACAAAGAGCCCUCUCAUCUCCUCGACCUUUUGCGAAGUGCUCUCCUAGGCAGGUUUAAAAUGAUUAGGGGGAGUCAGCCCGAGCAAGAGCAGGAAGCUGAGAAAAAAGGAGAGCCGUCGUCGUCAUCUGGAGGAGGAAAUGGGGGGAGUCAGCCCGAUCAAGAUCAGGAAGCUGAGAAAAAAGGAGAGUCGUCAUCCUCAUCUGGAGGAGGAAAUGGGGGGAGUCAGCCCGAACAAGAGCAGGAAGCUGAGAAAAAAGGAGAGGAGUCGUCGUCACGAUCUAGAGGAGGAAAUGGGGGGAGUCAGCCCGAACAAGAGCAGGAACCUAAGAAAAGAGUAGUAUGGUCGUCGUCUCAAGGAGGAAAGGGGGGGCUCUGUUGCCCAUGGAAAAAAGGCAAACAACGAGGAAAUGGGGGGAGUCAGCCCGAACAAGAGGAGGAAGCUGAGAAAAAAGGAGAGUCGUCAUCGUCAUUUGGAGGAGGAAAUGGGGGGAGUCAGCCGGAACAAGGGCAGGAAGCUGAUGAAAGACUAGAGUCGGAGGCGUCUGAAGGAGCAGAUUUUAGUAGUCAGCCCCCACAAGGGCAGCAAGCUAAGAAAAACGGAAAGUCGUUGUCGUCUGGAGGAGGAGAUGGGGGGUUCUGUUGCCCACGCAAAAAUAGCAAACAACGAGGCAUUUGGCAGUCUUUUCGACACAUCAAGGAGCUUAAAGCUGCCGGGAUCUAUCUCAAACCGAGUAGAACGAGUUUCUUGAGAGACAUUUCUUUCAAAUCCUACUUCUUCUGUGGCCACCUGAAACUUCCCCCAAUAACCCUUGAUGACUUCACGAAGACCAAGUUCUUGAACAUGACGAUGUCAAGGAGCUGAGAUCUAGGCACAUUCUCCACAACCUUCUUGGCAGCGAUGAAGAUGUGGCCCAAAUUUUCAACGAGA